AUGCCUUCUACCAUUGAGCCAAUUGCGGUCAUUGGAAGCUCUUGUCGGUUUCCAGGCAGCUGCGAUACCCCUUCUAAACUCUGGGAGCUCCUACAAAACCCUAGGGAUUUACUUCGCAAGAUUCCGGAAGAAAGGUUCAACAUCAAAGGCUUCUAUCAUCCCGACCCGAUCCAUCACGGCACCACCAACGUCCAAAGCUCCUACUUUCUUGAUGAAGAUCCAAGUAAGUUCGACGCAAACUUCUUCGGUAUUCCCCCGAAAGAAGCGGAGAGCAUCGACCCCCAGCAACGACUACUCAUGGAAACCGUAUACGAUGGUCUCUGUGCUGCUGGUCUGCCUAUGGAGCAGCUACGAGGUUCCUCGACCGCUGUUUUUGUCGGUCUUAUGUGUGAUGACUGGUCUACCAUGGUGCAGACCGAUAUCGACGAAAUGCCUACCUAUACCGGCACAGGCACUGCCCGCAGUAUCAUGUCGAACCGCAUAUCAUAUUUCUUUGACUGGAACGGCCCGUCUAUGACAAUCGAUACUGCGUGUUCAUCCAGUCUCAUUGCUGUACACGAGGCCGUGCGUAUUCUGCGCAGUGGGGAGUCAAGCAUAGCUAUUGCAGCAGGGGCAAAUCUAAUCUUGAGCCCAGCACAAUACGUCGCCGAAAGUAAUCUGCGCAUGCUCUCCCCCACAGGGCGAUGCCAGAUGUGGGAUUCUUCGGCCGAUGGAUAUGGUCGUGGUGAAGGAAUUGCAUCGGUUGUGCUGAAGACAUUGAGUCAGGCCCUGAAAGAUGGAGACCACAUUGAGUGCAUCAUCCGCGAAACCGGUGUCAAUCAAGAUGGUCGUACCUCUGGCAUAACAGUCCCCAGCAGUACUGCUCAAACGAACCUGAUUCGCGCUACCUAUGCACGAGCAGGUCUGGACUUGAACAACCCUAUGGAUCGCCCCCAAUUCUUCCAUGCCCACGGAACUGGAACGAAGGCUGGUGAUCCCAAAGAAGCAGAAGCCAUCCAUCAGGCUUUCUUCUCUGGAAACUCAAUCCAUGAUAAACUGUACGUCGGGUCCAUCAAAUCAGUGAUUGGUCACACUGAGGGCACGGCUGGUCUGGCGAGUCUGAUAGGGUCCUCUCUCGCUUUACAGAAUGCUACCAUUCCUCCAAAUAUGCAUUUCAACAGCCUCAAUCCUGACAUUUUUCCGUUUUACAACUCACUGGAAGUACCGGUGCGCGCGACACAGUGGCCGGCUCUUGCACCGGGUCAGGUUAGAAGAGCAAGCAUCAAUAGCUUUGGUUUUGGUGGAACGAAUGCACAUGCAAUUGUUGAGGAGUAUAUCCCCGAGAUGCACAAGGCCCUCACCAAUUCACAGUCAACACUGUGCACACCACUUCUGUUCUCUGCAAACUCAGCAGCUUCCCUUAAAGCCAUGCUCACUGAACAACUGGAGUACCUCCAGACCCAUUCAAAAACCAACCUGCGCGAUCUGGCAUUUACGCUUCAACAGCGCAGGUCUACUCUCACGUACAGGAAAGCUAUUGCAGGCUCUACAGUCGAGGCUCUCUGCCAGAGUCUCGAGGAAUCUACUAGCGAUGCUAAACUAGACACUCGCUAUCCCUAUGUGCCAAAGCCCCGGGCCCUGGCUGUGUUCACUGGACAAGGAGCCCAGUGGCCUCGAAUGGGUGCAGCCUUGUUGGAAUCAUCUGAGUUUGUCAGGCGGCUUGUCGCUGACCUAGACAAAUCCUUGGUCAGUCUUCCUGAGUCUGACAGGCCCCAGUGGACGAUCCGAGAGCAACUUCUAGCAGCGGACUCAUCGUCCCGCGUUGCUGAGGCAGCCAUCUCGCAGCCUCUGUGCACUGCUAUCCAGAUCAUUCUGGUGAACCUAAUUCAGGCUGCUGGUAUCCAACUUCAUGCCGUAGUUGGUCAUUCAUCUGGGGAGAUCGGUGCGGCUUACGCUGCAGGGCUCGUAUCUGCUCAUGAUGCCAUUCGCAUCGCGUAUUACCGUGGAUUACACGCCAAAUCGGCAUCCUCUCCUAGUGGAGCCAAAGGCGCCAUGGCAGCUGUCGGGACAUCACCCGAAGAUGCUGAGGAAUUUUGCCAGCGUGAGGAACUGCAUGGCCGUGUUCAAGUCGCGGCUUACAACUCAUCAUCAAGCCUUACCUUGUCUGGGGAUGAAGAGGCCAUUGACACGGCAGUUGAUCUCCUGAAGGGCGACCAAAAGUUCGCACGCCGCUUGAAGGUUGAUACGGCUUACCACUCGGCACAUAUGGAACCUUGUGCAAAGCCUUACCUCGAGUCUCUUCAGCGUUGCAGCAUAGGGAAAUUGGAACCCACAGGGCAGAAACCCACGUGGCUGUCAAGUGUCUGGAAAGGUACUGUCAUGAGCGCCACCAACAUUUCUGAGCAGUAUUGGGUUAGCAAUAUGGUUCAGCCAGUCUUGUUUUCCUCUGCAGUGAUGGCUGCCCUCGAGGACGGAAAUAACUUUGACGUUGCAAUCGAGAUUGGUCCCCAUGCUGCUCUCAAGGGACCGGCUUCGGAUACUUUAGCAGAGGCUAGUGUACAGCUCCCUUAUACAGGGCUUUUAUCUCGUGGGAAGGAUGAUGUGGAAGAACUGUCGACAGCUCUAGGAUUCUUGUGGUCACAUCUCGGUGCUGGCGUUGUCAAAUUUGACAACUUCGAUCAAGUUUUCAAUGCUGACAGUGAUUGCCGAGUGCUCUUGACUGAUCUCCCAAGCUAUCCUUUUAAUCAUCAACAUGGAUACUGGGCCGAAUCUCGGAUUUCGCGAGCUCAAAAGCAGCUCACGGUUGCACCCCAUCCGGUCUUGGGAACGUCUUGUGUCGGAACUACAACAUCCACUGAGGCACAAUGGAAAAACAUCCUGAGACCCUCUGAGAUUUCAUGGUUACAGGGGCACAAGCUGCAAGGUCAGAUGGUCUUUCCAGCAACCGGGUAUGUUGUCAUGGCCCUCGAAGCGAUGAAAGCACUGGCCGGAGAAAGCCAAAUUGCCCACUUCCGUAUCACGAAUGUGAUCUUGGAACGUGCGAUCGUGUUCAACGAUGACAAUGCAAGCAUUGAAUCUCUCUUCAGUGUCAAAAUCUCUGAAUCAGAUGCCAGCCAUAUCUUGGCCGACUUCACCUGUUUUUCGACGCCGCAGGGUGAUCGGUCCAUGGCGUCCAACGUCAAAGGGCGCGUUGAGGUCAAGCUGGGCAGCUCCUCGGUGGAUAGCCUCCCUGCAUGCUCUCAUUCAAAGUACUACAAUCUGGUGGAUGUAGACAUCAACCGUUUCUAUUCUGCGCUGCGAAAGAUUGGCUAUGAGUACUCUGAGCCCUUCCGCGGCAUGGCGAGUAUCAAGCGCAGGAUGGGUUUUGCCCAUGGUACUCUGGUUGAUCAAGCUGCUUCCGAAUGGGAAGAUCAGCUUCUGCUGCAUCCUGGGAUGUUGGAUACCGCAUUGCAGACCCUGUUCGCUGCCUUCAGCUACCCAGGUGAUGAAAGUUUGCGGUCCCUUCACGUUCCUGUCCAGAUCGACUCGCUCGAGUUCAAUCCCCACUUCCGUCUCAGUGGAUCAGGGAAACAGCUAAUUGUCCCUUGGGAAACUACAGUCAGAGAUGAGGAGUCCACUUCUAUCAAGGCUGAUCUUCAGCUGUUCACCGAGACUGGCGAGCAUACAUUCUUGCAGAUUGAGGGCAUCAGCCUCAAGCCCUUCACCCCUGCACGACCAGAGGAUGACGCUGCACUGUUUUCCCAAUUUGAAUACCUCCCAGCUGCUCCCGAUGGUGUGCUCGCAGCCCUUGGUGAACGCCUCAAUGAUGAUGAGCUGCAAAUGGCCAAGGAUAUGGAGCGACUGUCUUUCUAUUAUCUUCGUCGCGUUUCUGAAAUGAGCGCCGAAGACCGCAGAAAUGCCCUCCCUCACCAUCAACACCUGAUGAAUUGGACAGAUUAUAUCGUGGACAAAGUGGCCCGAGGAGACCAUCCUUGCGUUGAGAAGGAGUGCAUCUCAGACACCCAUGAGCAGAUCCUGGAGCUGACCAACAAGUAUCACGAUCGGGUUGAUGCACUGUUAAUUGAGUCUACGGGCAAAAGCCUUCCCAAAGUUAUUCGAGAAAAGGAUAGUAUUCUCCAGUACAUGACCAAAGAUGACCUCCUUGGCCGUUUCUACAAAGAAGGAGUCGGUCUUCAGGCUGCAAAUUGGUGGCUCGCCAAUAUGGCAAAGCAAAUCAGUCAUCGAUACCCUCGGAUGAAGAUUCUCGAGAUAGGAGCUGGUACCGGUGGUUCUACACAAGCUAUCCUGCCAAAACUUGGAUCUGCUUUCUCGACAUACACAUACACUGACGUGUCCAGUGGAUUCUUCGAGGAAGCCGAAGAAAAGUUCAAAGAGUACGCCAAUCGCAUGAUAUUUAAGACAUUCGACAUGCAACGUACUCCUGCAGACCAAGGCUUUGUCGAGGGAAGCUAUGAUAUGGUACUGGCGUCGAACGUCCUCCAUGUUGCUGAUCCCCUAGAAAAUAUGAUGUCAAAUGUUCGCCGGCUACUGAAGCCAGGCGGCUUCCUUGUAAACCUUGAGACGGUUACAAACGAGAUUCUUCGCAACGGAGUCAUCAUGGGUGGUCUCCCUGGAUGGUGGAUUGCAGCCAACAGUGGCCGACCACACGGUCCAAUGCUCAACCUUGACCACUGGGACUCGCUUCUGAAGAAGUGCCAGUUUGGCGGCAUUGAGACCUCAACUCCUAUUUAUGACCAGCUUCAUGCGGUUGCAGUCUGGGCUGCGCAAGCUGUUGAUGACCGUCUAGAGCUUCUGCGAAAUCCCAUAGCCUCUCUGCCAGACAGCUACGCCACAGGGACACCACCCUUGAUUCUCAUCGGAGGUAGAUCCCUUGCCACUUAUCAGCUUGUUGAAGAAGUUGCGGCAUCACUAUCCUCGAAAUUUUCCUCCCUCGUCCGACUUCCUUCUAUCGAGUCCCUGAAAACUGUUACUAUACCCGACGGUGCUACAGUUCUGAGCUUGUCUGAGUUGGACGAGCCUCUGAUGCGACAGGUGACCGAGGAAAAGAUUGAAGGGCUCAAAGCACUGUGGAGAUGUGCGAGGAACGUUGUAUGGGUAUCAAAAGGCGCCCGAGCUGAGCAGCCGUAUUCAUACAUGAUGUUCGGCAUCGGGAGAGUCGUCAAAUUCGAGCAGCCUAAUAUCAACCUGCAGCUCUUGGAUCUUGACGUCUUGGACAAGGAGACCGGCUCAGUUAUCUCGACGAUGGUAUUAAGACAUCAACUAAUUGAUGACUUUUCCAGGCAAGGCGCUGUUGAAGAUUUACUCUGGUCUUCUGAGCCAGAAGUCUUCAUAGAAAACAAGCAGACACUCAUUCCACGUCUGUAUCCGAGUGUGAUGCAGAAUCUCCGAGUCAACUCAUCAAGUCGUGCAAUUUUUGAACAAGUCAACCCGGCAAAGGCAAAUGUGAAGCUUGUGGGCUCCGGCGACUCUUUCCAGCUCGAAGAGGCCUCUCCGUUGAGGGUGACCCAAUCGAAGUCAUCCAGCGGCGCUCCUGUGAUGAUCCGUAUUCGCCAAUCCUUGCUGCAGUUUAUAAAUCUUGAAUCAAUUGGUUCCUUUAUGCUUUGUACCGGAACAAAGGAGGAUGACUCCAAGUCAGCUGUCAUCGCCUUGACUCGGGUCUCGGAAUCCCCUGCACCAGUCGAACCACUUUGUUGGGUGGACAUUCCGUCUUCUCUCGAGUUUGGUCGAAUGGCUCUCCUCUCGGUCGCAGCUCAGCUGGUCGCCCAAGCGAUUGUUUCACUUGUAUCCAAAGCAAGCACUGUAGUAAUUCACGACCCCGACAACUUGGUCAAGGGAGCUAUUUCUCAGGCAGCUGACAACGCUCAUGUCAAUGUCAAGUUUACGACAUGUCGUCAUCAACCUGACGGAGCAGAUUGGAUUUGGAUUCAUCGCGCUCUUCCUGCGCGCCUUGUUAAAGAGAAGCUUCCGCAAGACACAUCGGUGUUUGUCAACUUUGCAGCUCCCGAUGGACCCGACGCACAAGUGACGCAAACCAUGGCAGCCUGUCUGUCUGCUAGCUGUGUGGUAGCCAAUGCAGAUUUAUUCUUCACAAACGAGCUGUCCCCCCGUCCAGGAGCCAAUCCAUCUCAAUCGGGCGACAUCCUUCAAAGGGCGUGGAAAUCUGUGAUGGAAAAUAGUUUACCUAUCAGCUCCACGGAUUCCAUUCUACUGAGCGAUGUAGGGAGGCACAAUCCGAGAAGGGAGCCACUUCAGAUCGUAGAUUGGACUGUUCCAACAAUCCAAAUCCGUCUCCGACCGGUGGACCAUGAAGUGAUAUUCCGCUCCGACAGGACUUAUUUAUUGAUUGGUCUUGCCGGAGAGGUUGGACAGUCAAUCUGUCAAUGGAUGGCUCGGUGUGGUGCUGGCUGCAUCGUCUUAACAAGCCGUAAUCCCAAGGUUGACCCAGAAUUUAUUCGGUCCGUCGAGGAAUGCGGUACAAGCGUUCGCGUGUUGUCGUUGGAUAUCACGAGCCGAGACUCUCUUCAAAGAUGCCUCCAGGAGAUUAAUCGCAGCAUGCCCCAGAUCGGGGGAAUAGCAAAUGGAGCCCUUAUCGUGGAUGAUAUGCGCUUCGACGAGAUGACCUUGCACAGCAUGAACCGGGUUCUAAGACCCAAGGUUGAAGGCAGCAAGCUGCUUGAUGAGAUCUUCCAUGACAAACCCUUGGAGUUCUUCAUCAUGUUCUCCUCGCUCACCGCGUGUCUCGGAAACAGCGGUCAAAGCAACUACGCUGCCGCGAACAUGUACAUGACAGCCCUUGCAUUCCAACGGCGCAAACGCGGCGUAGCCGCCUCGAUCAUUGACCUCAGCGCACUGAUGGGCAUUGGGCAUGUUGGUCGGUCUGACACUUUCGAUGCAGAAUAUUUUGCAAGCCUCGGCGCCACCAGCGUGUCCGAAUCUGAUCUCCACCAUAUAUUUGCCGAGGCUGUCAAGGUUGGCAGAGCAGACUCCGUGGAAAACUUGGAAGUUGUUACGGGGUUGAGCCCUGUGUACAUUGGCGAACUGACCAAAGACCAAUAUCGAAACGAUCUGAAGUUCUCUCACCUCACUUUCGAGCGCCUUAACACGCAGGAAGGAUCUAGCACUGCUUCAACUGUCUCAGUGAGAGCUCAACUCAAAGAGGCAAAAGCUUUGGACCAGGUUGCGGAUACUCUCAAAGGUUCCUUCACCGCACGUGUGAAGAAGCUUCUCCAGAUCCCUUCGGAUGAAGCAGUCGAACAGAACAGUGCCCUCGUGGAACUUGGAGUUGACUCCCUGAUCGCAAUUGACAUUCGGUCAUGGUUCUUGAAAGAGCUCGAUGUUGAUAUACCGGUCCUCAAGAUCCUCGGAGGUACCACCAUUGCUGGUUUGAUCAACGACAGCAUUGAAAAAAUCCCAGCCACCAUCAUUGACAUCACUCAGUUGUCGGCCGAGGGCGGGGUGAGGCCGACUAUUGCCCCAGCACAACAGGAGACAAAAGUCAAUACCCCAACAGUGAAACCCGACCAUUCGAAAGUGGGCCCGUCGUUGAUUGCCGGCAAUACGAGCACACAAGGGACGAGCAGCCCAUCCAAUGAGAGUGAGAACAUCGGAUCAUCAACUGAUGGCACUUCUGUUGAGAGCGAAUGGCGCGAAAUCCACGUGAAAUUCUCUACUGAGAUCACUGAGCGCAUGUCCUUUGGACAAACAAGGUUCUGGUUUUUGCACCAUGCUCUCCAAGAUAAAACUACGUUCAAUGUCGCUCUCUCUAUCCGUCUCUCUGGCGCAAUCCAGACCGAAACUUUGAGCAAGGCGCUUGAACGCGUCGGUGAGCGACACGAAGCAAUGCGCACCCGCUAUUUCUGGUCAGGGGAGCAUGAAGAUAUUCCUACCCAAGGCAUUCUCUCUCGUCCUUUGAUCAGGCUUGAGAACAGACGCAUAUCUGACAAAUCCGAGGCACAGAAGGCGUUGGACGAAAUGCGCGAUCAUACCUGGGACCUGAGCGACUGGGAGUCUAUGAGAUUCGUUCUCUUGUCGCUUUCGGAUACCGAACAUUGGUUGAUUGUCGGUAGUCAUCACAUCACCCUUGAUGGCAUCAGCAUUCAGGUCAUCUUUGCCGACCUCGAGAAGGCCUAUUUGGGGAUGACUCUGCCAGCUCUUCCAGAAAAAUCUCAGUACCGAUCCCUUGCGGCACAACAGCACCAAGACCACGCGAUGGGUCGAUUCCAGAAGAGCAUCGAGUUUUACAAGAAGAUCAUUCCAAGAGACGUUCGGCCAAUCGAGCUGUUUUCAUUUGCAAAGGUGCAAGUGAGGCAGCCACAGACAAUCUACCGUACCUGCCGCGCUGAUAUCCGUCUUCAGCCAGAGGACACCGCUCUUAUCAAGCAGGUGGCUCGACAGAACCACUCGACGAACUUCCACCUAUAUACAGCAGUUCUGCAAGUUCUUCUGUUUCGCUUGCUGCCUGGCAUCGACGAGCUAUUCAUCGGGCUUGCCGAUGCCAACCGCACCAGCGAAGAAGUCAUGGAAACGGUCGGCUUUUUCCUGAACCUGCUCCCCAUUCGACUUGACAGGGCUUCUGUCAAUUCCAGGUUUGGUACGGUGGUCAAGACGGUCCGAAACAAGGUCUACGGUGUCCUUGAGCACUCGGCUCUCCCCUUUGAUGUACUUCUCAAUGAGCUGGGAAUCAAUCGCUCGGCCAAUGCGCCGCCCAUUUUCCAAGUUUUUGUCGACUAUCGCCAGGGAACCCAGGAGCGAGCCAAAUUUGCCAACUGCAAGGCUCAGGGAGAACAGUGGUAUCACCCUCGCACGGGCUAUGAUAUCUCCUUGGAUAUACUCGAAAAUACUGAUGGUGAUACUCUACUGUCAUUGCAGCUGCAACAAUCUCUGUACACUACGGAACACACAGAGCUACUACUUAGAGCCUAUGUUAAUCUUCUAAAGUCAUUCACAAGAGCGUCUGGUGGUGACGUGUUGAUCAAUUCUGCCCCGGUGUGGGCAACUGAAGAUGUCUCCAAAGUGCUACAAGCUGGAACAGGUGAAGAGCUCCCCUUUGCAUAUGUAUGGAGGUAUUAUUCAUUACUAAUGGUUAUUAUAGGAGCCGCACUCUCCCUUCGGUGGCCUCAGACGGUUGUCCGGCGCAUCGAUGACAUGAUCCGCCUCCACGGCUCAAAGCCAGCGCUGAAGGACGGCCGCGGCAAGAGCUUCACAUACGAGGAAAUGGGACGUCGCAUCGACUGCAUCUCUGAGGCUCUUUCAAACGCCGGAGUCUCCAAGGGAUCGGUUGCAGGUGUACUACAGGAGCCCGGUGCGGAUUGGAUCUGCUCGAUGUUAGCUAUCUUCCGGAUUGGCGCUACCUAUCUCCCUCUUGACCUUCGCAACUCAAUUCAUCGAAUUCACAGCGCGGUCAAGGCCGCGCAGCCGACCGCAUUUUUGAUCGACGAAACAACAGUCGAGACUGUUAGCGCGGUCAAAGCUGCCGGGGCAACCGUGAUUGAUGUCUCUCACAUUGCAACCAGAUCUGAAGCAGCCGAGCGUACGCAAGACCUGUCUUCGCCCGGCUCGAUUGCUGUGAUCUUAUUCACAAGUGGGACCACUUCUGAGCCUAAGGGUAUUUUGAUCAAACACUCUAAUCUCGUCAGUCAAAAUGAAGGUUUCUCGCAGCAAUUGGAUGUUGAAAAUGGUGCUGUAUCGAUGGUUCUCCAGCAAAGCGCCUUCAGCUUCGACUUCUCGCUGGAGCAGACCUUUGUCGCGCUCUGCAACGCAGGAUGUUUGCUGGUGGCUUCAUCCGCUCAACGUGGCGACCCUAUUGAAAUAACUAGGCUGAUGACUGAGGAAAGAGUGACAUACACGUCGGGUACGCCGUCAGAGUACGAGAUGUGGUUCCGUUUUGCGAAGGAGAACUUGCAGAGCUGCUCUCAGUGGCAGUAUGCCUUUUUUGGGGGCGAGCCAUUCUCCGACCGUCUUGUGCAGGAAUUCCGUCAGCUCGCGGUGCCCUCGCUGAAGAUCUUCAACAACUAUGGCCCCGGUGAAACAACGAUUGCUUGUACUUCUCAUGGUCAAAUCCCUUACCGAGAUACCGAGAUAAAGUACCCAACGCCUGCCGGAUUCGCUGCACCAAACUACUCAAUUUAUAUAGUUGACGAUCAGCUUCAGUCAGUGCCCAUUGGGGUGCCGGGAGAAGUGGUCGUCGGUGGUGCUGGAGUCUCAGCGGGAUAUCUCGGUCUGGACUCUGUGACGCGACAAAAGUUCUUGCCAUCGCCUUUUGCGCAACUCAAUAGCAAUUUCAUCUCAAAUAACUGGUUGAAUAUGUAUCGCACAGGAGACCGUGGUUUCCUGCGAGCUGAUGGGGCUCUAUUCCUCGCCGGUCGUAUGGAUGGAGACACGCAGGUCAAGCUUCGAGGAUUCCGGAUUGAGCUCGGGGAAAUUGAAAACGCCCUGGUGAAAGCUUCUGAUGGAGUCUUGACGUAUGCUGUGGUCACGUUGAGAGAAGAAAAAGAGGACAAGUUCCUGGUCGCUCAUGUGGUUUUCUCCAGUGACUAUGUCCAGACCGAAAGACAGGAUUUUAUCGACCAACUUCAAGCAACGCUCCCCGUGCCGGAAUACAUGCGCCCUGCCUUGAUGAUCCCAUUGGAUGAGAUUCCGCUGACUGCCCACUCCAAGAUCAACAGGGCAGCGAUCCAGGCUCUAUCCCUCGAGAACACAUCCAAUGUGCAACUGCCUUCGCUAAAUCGAGAGAUGACCGAAACAGAACAGAAACUCGAAGGCCUUUGGCGAAUCGUGCUUCCGAUGUCUAACAUGCGGGCUAUUAGUCCUGAAACAAGCUUCUUCCACGUCGGAGGAAGCUCUUUGCUUCUUGUCAAGCUGCAGAGGUUGAUCAAGAAUGAGUUCAGGGCCGCGCCAAAGCUGAAUGAGCUGAUGAACGCUGGUCGGCUCGUAGACAUGGCAUCUGUGGUUGAAACGACCCUUUCAUCUCGUAUCGAUUGGGAUGCAGAAAUUUUCAUUCCAGAAGCUUGGAAAACCGAGUUCUCGAGCGCCGUGGGACCUGAACCACACAUCGCACAAAGUUCUAAACAGAAAGGGCUUCAAGUUCUCUUGACUGGUGCAACAGGAUAUCUCGGAAGACAUCUUCUUCCAUCACUCAUUCAAUCCAGCGAGGUUUCAAAGAUAUUCUGUCUUGUGCGCCUUGGGAAUGACAUGCACGAUCUGACAGCAUCCUCCGAAAAGAUAUCUGUUUUCGCUGGAGACCUUGCUGUCCCUGGCCUAGGACUCAGCCAAACGGAGUUCGAGUAUCUCGCCGCUGAGAGUGAUGUGAUUCUCCACUUCGCCGCCAAUAGAUCUUUCUGGGACGACUAUGAGGUCCUCCGGAAUGUCAACCUCCUGUCGGUGAAAGAAAUUGCACGACUCGCGCUGCAUCGUCGCAUCCCCCUCCACUUCCUUUCGUCAGGUGCGGCUCGCAUCUACGAAGACCAGGCAGCACUAAGGCUUUACGAGAAAGGUAGCAGUAGUGACAAGAACCUGCCUUUGAUGCCUCCGGAUGACGGUAGCGAUGGCUACGUGGCAUCCAAAUGGGCAGCGGAUCGCUUCUUGAGAAACGUCGCGGAGCAAUUCCAACUCCCUAUCACUCUACAUCGUCCAGUGCCUGUCCCUGGGUUGGGACCCGACCCUAGCCUUGCUGAGCCCGAAACUGACGAGAUGGUGAGCCAGCUCGUUGGGGUGGUCAGGAAUUUGGGUAUUCGCCCGGCAAUGAACGAACUUGCGGGUUGGGCAGAUACGAUUCCAAUGCAUCUCACUGUCCAGAAGAUUUGUGCUGUGGUUUUCGAACCAAAUGACAAGAUGGCACUGAGGAUAGUGAAUCACCCUGCAGAGAGACGAAUCAAUUGGAGUCGAUUCAUCGAGGAGCUCACGACGGAUGCAGAGCUGAGUGGGCUUCCUUCUAUGCCAACGUUGCUGUGGAUCGGAGAGGCUAAGAGGGCAGGGUUUAGUUAUUUCAUGCCGUCUCAUCGUUUGGUUGUUGUGAGCGACUCUGGUGACAUGGUUUCACGACGUUAA